UCAUGAUCUAGUUUGUUGAUGUGGAGCAGAGCAGCAGAGGUGGCACAGCAGAGGUGGCACAGCAGAGGUGGUGGCAGCACUGAGGCCAGGCUCCUCGGCCGGAAGUAUUAAGAGCCUUAAGUACACUGCUCACAUUACUCAUUGUUAAGACCACCGUCACAGCUGCUUAACGAGCUAUGGCGUUUUGCUCAUGGUUUAAGGAUGAAGUGUUCAGGGACCAUUUUGAACCAGGCAUUUAUGUUUGCCGUAAAUGCGGCAAUGAGUUAUUUUCAAGUAAAAUGAAAUACAAGCAUGGAACACCAUGGCCUGCAUUUGUUAACACCCUAAAAAGUGAUUCUGUUCAGAAAAGAAAAGAUAGCAAACAUGCAUUUAAGGUAUCGUGUGGAAAGUGCGGUGUUGGAUUGGGCCAUGAGUUUUUGAAGGAUGGCCCUGACGGAAAGUCAUCACGUUUCUGAAUAUUUUCACACACUCUCAAGUUUGUACCAAAACAAGAGGGAAAUGAUGACCCAGUCAUGAAUGGUAACACACAAGCCGAUGGAAAUUCCUGAGGGCGGAUGGGGAAAUGUAAAAAACCACAAGAGGCCUUUGCUAACCCCAAAAAAUGUAACUUGCUCUAGAAUUUGUUGACUGGAGUGAAGAUAAGAAUAUUUUUCAAAAUAUUGCCUCGCCUAUAAGGAUGUUGAAACAGUAAUUAUUUUAUUUGUAUGUAUUUUUCUUACAAGUACUGAAUAUCUCUAUAGCUAUUUAUUUAUACAAUAAAUAAAGUUUGUUUCACAAAUUACUAACUAUGUAUUAACUAUUUAAAAUGUAUUCAUUGGCUUUCAUUAUGGAAGCUUAAGUGAUCACAAUUUUGAACAAGUUAGGUGAAUCAAUUAUAUGAAAUUAUAAAGAUAAACUUGAUGUCAAGGUCUUUAUAGUGGAUGUUUUUUUUGAAGCACAUUACUUGCUCUUCUUAAUGGGUAGUUACAAUGCAGUACUGUAAUUUUUAAUUUUAUGCUGGUAUGUUUGUAUACAAGCUAAACAUAACAAUGGCUUAAUUUAUUAUAUAAUAUUGAAUUGCAUCAGGUACAGCACAACAUUGUACGUUUAUCUGUUGCAAGGAUAGUUUAUUAUUAUUAUAAUAAUAAUAAAAAAAAGAGCGCUAAGCCACAAGGUUUAUUAUUAUAGAAAUGGGAAAGCUGUAAACCUGUAGGGGUCAUAGUACUUGGGUAUAAGAAGUAUAGUGCCAACUUCUUGAAGGAUAUCAAGGGCAAUGAAUUACUUUUGUUUAUUAUAAUCAAAAAGAAGUGCUAAACCACAAGGGCUAUACAGCACUGCUACUUUUGUCUAGAUUGUGUAAAAAUUAAGUUACAGCAUUAUUACUAAAAGCUAAUCCGACAAUGCAUUUAUUAAGGAUUAAUAAAUGUGAAAUUACUUCAUAGACAAUGCAUGUUAAGUUAUGAAUAAACUUUGGGUUAC